UUGUCAUAUGUUACAAGUAUCCGGUUGGAAUCAGAAUGGACAAUUGUCAGAAGGAUAUUUCUGAAAUUGUCUGUUUAAGCUGUGGGCGUGCCGUCAAAUACGAACUGUUUCCAUCGUCUUGAUUGAGCUGUUCGACAGGGUGCGACACUGAUUAGGAAAGAGAGGGAGCGAGAGAGAUUGUGCGGUGUAGAAGCAAGCACUAAUGAUGGCAUCGUUUUAAUGUCCGUCAUGAUUUCACAGGAGUGGAAGCUGGGUUUGGCAAUUCUGGCCACAAGUCCGAAGAACGCAGGCAGUUUUUUCUUUCUCUCCUUAUCCUGUACAUUUGUAGAAUGUCAGAGAUUGUCGUACUCUCGGUUGCGCAGAGUGAUUAUU